GCUUUUAGGAUACCACGCCCGACGAGCUGCUGUCCGCCGUUAUGGCGGCUGUCCUGCAGGAUGUCAACCUCCGUCCUGAGGCCCUGGGAGACAUCUGUGUGGGAAACGUGCUGCAGCCUGGAGCUGGCGCUUUGAUGGCGAGAGUUGCCCAGUUUCUAAGUGGUAUUCCAGAGACGGUGCCGUGCUGCACCGUGAACCGGCAGUGCUCCUCCGGGCUACAGGCCCUGAUCAAUAUCGCUGGUGGCAUCCGCAACGGAUCGUAUGACAUUGGCUUGGCCUGUGGGGUGGAAACGAUGUCCCUCAGAGGCGUAGAUAACUCUGGCGAUAUCAGCUCCAGCGUGAUGGAAAACAGCAAGGCUCGAGAUUGCCUCAUUCCCAUGGGAAUAACCUCAGAAAAUGUGGCAGAGAAGUUUGGAGUUUCCCGAAAGAAGCAAGACGCCUUUGCCUUGGCUUCCCAACAAAAAGCAGCAAAAGCUCAGCAGAUGGGACUGUUCAAAACUGAGAUUGUUCCAGUGAAGACCACUGUUCUAGAUAACCAGGGCAACCAAAAAACAGUCACCGUGCAUCAAGAUGAAGGGAUCAGGCCCUCCACGACCCUGGAAGGCUUGGCAAAGCUGAAACCCGCCUUCAAAGAGGAUGGCAGCACUACAGCAGGUAACGCCAGCCAGGUCAGUGAUGGAGCAGCUGCUGUUCUCCUGGCAAAACGCUCAAAAGCAGCACAGCUGGGGCUGCCAGUCCUGGGGGUGCUCCGGUCCUUUGCUGUGGUUGGAGUCCCGCCCGACGUCAUGGGCAUAGGACCAGCCUACGCGAUCCCUGCUGCUGUGGAGAAGGCGGGUCUGACUCUGAAUGACAUUGAUAUAUAUGAAAUUAAUGAAGCCUUUGCGAGCCAGGCUGUGUACUGCGUUGAAAAGCUGGGCAUUCCCAUGGAGAAGGUCAACCCCCUGGGAGGAGCAAUAGCACUGGGGCACCCACUGGGCUGUACUGGUGCUCGUCAAGUCGUCACUUUGCUGAAUGAAUUGAAGCGCAGAGGGAAGAGAGCGUACGGCGUUGUAUCGAUGUGCAUUGGAACUGGCAUGGGCGCUGCCGCGGUGUUUGAGUACCCAGGGAACUGAUGGAACAGCGCAGCAGCUAAUUCUCUGCCUUCUGCAGUAACAGCAAAUGAUUUGCACUGUGAAAUCAAGCGGAUUCAGGGAUGCGUUACUAGAUCUACAAAUUUUAGGCACAAAUCACGAAGCAGAGUAAAUCGUACCGAUCUGCUAAGCAGGUGGG